GCCCGGUGCCCAUAGAAAGCCAUGGAGGGCUCGAGCCGGGCACAGUCCGCACAGUCCGCGUCACAGCCGGCAGCCAGCGCUGGAGGAGGACAGACACACCGGCAGCGGGACAGAUAGACAGCCACACCGGGCAGGACAUAUACCGGAGCGCAGUACAGAUACCGGACAGGACAUAUACCGGAGCGCAGUAUAUAUACCGGACAGGACAUAUACCGGAGCGCAGUAUAUAUACCGGACAGGACAUAUACCGGAGCGCAGUAUAUAUACCGGACAGGACAUAUACCGGAGCGCAGUACAGAUACCGGACAGGACAUAUACCGGAGCGCAGUACAGAUACCGGACAGGACAUAUACCGGAGCGCAGUAUAUAUACCGGACAGGACAUAUACCGGAGCGCAGUAUAUAUACCGGACAGGACAUAUACCGGAGCGCAGUAUAUAUACCGGACAGGACAUAUACCGGAGCGCAGUACAGAUACCGAACAGGACAUAUACCGGAGCGCAGUACAGAUACCGAACAGGACAUAUACCGGAGCGCAGUAUAUAUACCGGACAGGACAUAUACCGGAGCGCAGUAUAUAUACCGGACAGGACAUAUACCGGAGCGCAGUAUAUAUACCGGACAGGACAUAUACCGGAGCGCAGUACAGCCAGGAAUAGAGGGAGGACAUAUACCGGAGCGCAGUAUAUAUACCGGACAGGACAUAUACCGGAGCGCAGUACAGCCAGGAAUAGAGGGAGGACAUAUACCGGAGCGCAGUAGAGCCAGCACUCUGUACCCACCUUGGAGAGGGGCCACUUACCGCAGCAUGCAGUACCAGCACCCCAGCUCCCCGGCCAUGGCUGUCAGUGUGCCCCUGUACGCCCCCACCCCCCUGCAGCCCGUGCACCCCACGCCGUUCUACAUCGAUGACAUCCUGGGGAGGAGCGGGGCAUCCACCGGCACCCACACCCUGCCAGCCCCCACCCUGCCCUCCCCCAACUCCUCGUUCACCAGCUUUGUGACCGCUUACAAGGCCCCCAUCUAUGAGCCCACCCCGAUACACCCUGCAUUCACCCACCCAGCCCUGGCAGCAUCCUAUGGAGCCAGCACCUUCCACAGCCCCCUGUACCCCUUCUCCAGACCCAUGGGGGAGUACCAUGCCCUCAUCAGACACGACCCAAUGGGUGAGUAAUGUACUUGGCAUAGACCUACAACUGUCUGUCUGUGUGUGUAGAGGAGAGGCUGGAUGGCCUAGGAUGAGACUAAAUGGUUAAUGAUGGGCACUGGGCUAUUCUUAGACUUUAUAAAAGUUAAUUCCUAGUGACAGCAUGGACAGUUAUAUUUUAUUAAAACAAGGAAUUAGUGUCAGCUCUGCAGCACAGACGUCUUUGCAGGUGCCAUGUUCUAUGAUGGACCACUUUCUGUGUGUGUAGGGGGUAUACAUGUGUGCCAAUCAAUCUACCCAUACCAGCCUUGUGCUCCUUAUUAAUAUAGGUGUUUUUUAAAGGGGGGGUAGGAGGGAGGCCAGCCUUAUAAUCCUAUUAAUAUAUUUAUAUGUGGGGGAGGAGAAAGUAUACGUCUGCCAACCAGACUCUUCAUACCAGCCUUAUGAUCAUUACUAUUAAUAUGUAUGUGUGGGGAGGGGGUAUAGAUGUGUGCCUGUCAGACACCUCAUACCAGCCUUGUGAUAUUUCUGAUAAUUAUAUAUAAUGUUUAGGUGUUAGAAUCUGGUUAAAGGAAUUGAAAUCUUUUUGUGGCUGUUUUGAUUUCACGUCCUUUGUGUUCUGCUGCUGUUUGAUCACUAAAACUAAACCACAACUUUAUGGUGAACUGCAGCGCUGGUUAUAUUAACUGUACUAAAGUUUCAGGGAUUUUUUUUUUUUUUUAAAUAAUAUCAACAUAAACGUUUAACUGUUACCUCCUGGGGAAAAAAAAAACGUUUUCUAUUUUUGGAUCACUUCGCAGAAAUCGAUUCAGGUAAAUUUACAGGAGAACGAACUGUACAGAAAUACAAAACGGUUUUCAAGUUCUAAAAGUAGAACAGAUACCGUGAAAAGCAAUAUAGUAUUACUCCUAUUUUAGAAAGUUACUGUAUUGAUUUUAUACAUACUUUCUGUACAAACGAUAGUCUGAAUUGCAAAAUAAAUGUUGAAGUUCUCUAAUACAACUUGAUUAGUUUAAACAAACGAUUUGAUAUGUUAAAUGCUUUUUUAAUGCUCUGAGUAAACAUAACUGUAUGCAGAGCCAAUUUUAUAAAUGUGUCUCAAAGUUAUUCAGAACUAGAAUUCCAGUUCUAGGGACACGUUCUAAAUGUGGAACGUUCACCAGCAUCAACGUUCUACUGGUUUCCAUGGAGACUGCUUCGCGUUUAGAACCCUUUUUUAAUAAGCAGCCAGCGUUGACUGCAAUUUCUAAGGCCUGGGGAGAGCUUUGCGUCAUAUGUACAGAGCUUUUAGCGCUGUCCCCAGGGAUGCGGCUGAGCCAAGCAGUGCCUGUCUGUGGUAGCAGAUGAAACACUUGCUGAUUAGCCUGGAUCUGGUUUGAGAGAGGUGCAGGUUGACCCCCCUUUCCGUUCAUUCAGGAAGCCUUGAGCUCUUGAUAGGAGUAAAUCUGGGCUCUGAAGCUGUUAAGUGUUUUCCUGGCUGCCCUUCCUCGGGAAUCAUGCACAACACAGAUUAUUUUAUCGACAUCCUCAAUACAGACAAAUUCAGGAAACACUCGAACUCCGAUAGCUAGGAUCCGUUUUUCUGAUAGCGUUCAUUUCCUCUGUGUGGGAUGAGACUGAGCUCUGGUGAAAUCACCAGUUGCUUCCUAUUUUCGAAGCCUGUUUUCUUGCAAAUCUGCAACUGACGCAAGUAAAGUCUUGCACAACAAUUCCACCCCAGUGCUGGGGUUAUAAAGUUAAUAGAAUGUCUCAUUACACUUCUACACCAGCCUGGCCCUUGAUUCAUGCAUGUGAUUGAAAAAAAAAAAAAAAAAGACAGACAGGCAGACAGACAAUUAAAAACUAUUAAACAUGUGGUUUGUUUAUGGCCACCAACAUUACCAGAUGGAGAGACAUAAAAGCCAUUUCCUGCCAUUGAUAUCGAGAUAAAUCAGUAAGCUAGUGUUUCUUUUAUCAUCAUGUCAUCUUUUAUACACAAAAAGAUUAUUACUAUAUUAUUACUGCAGAUUAUUUUAUGCUGCUUAGUUGCUGAGUCAAUUAAAUUCUCCUGUUACCAACAUUAUUAAAAAAUAAUCAUUGUAUAUUCUUGAAAAACAAAUUUUUAUAUAUAUAUAUAUAUAUAUAUAUAUAUAUAUACACACAUACACACACAAACACACUGUAACACACAAAUGUGCAUACAGAGCACCAAAGAUUAAUCUGAGCACUUUUCUAAAAAAGUAGGCUGUAAGAUUUUAAUCUAGGGUACAUGUAAAACAUGGCAAUCAUGUAAAAGGAUCUGUGUCACAUUUUCUGUAGUGAUGUUUGAGAGCAAGAUGAUACACCUAAACUAGGCCAUCACUUGCAGGGCCACAGCUGUGAAUUCUCCUAAUCAGUCACUUUCUGCCUGAGCUUAUUGGGAGCUGGAUCCAAAGUUGGUAGCAGUGACAGUUAUGUGCUGCUCCUACAGUGGCAGUUCACUUGGCUAUGAAAGAUUAAACCAAACGGCAUAUUGUUUGCUUACUGUACAUGGCUGGCCUUACAUUACAAAAAGAAGGAAGCCAGUAUUAUUAUAUGUAAAGUAAGGAGGAAACACAUUUACAGGGGUUAUCCUUAUACCUCUGAUACAUGUAACUGCUAUUCAGCCUAAAUUUAGGAAGGUGACACCCAGUCCCCCCCCCCCCACCCCCCCACCUUAUUAACUGAAAAGAAAAAAACACUUUAAUAAUAUAAAAUAAUUAGCCUUGGGGAUUUGGGAUCUGAGCUUAAACCUUUUAUCUCUGAUUAUUUUAGAAAAUACAAUUAAACAAAUGUUUUUAUUUUUCGAAAAAAAAUAAACAUUUCCGAAGUAACGAGUUUUUAACGAUUUGUUACAUUGUAGCUUUUUUAAAACAUUGUUUUACUUUUAAAAAGCUACAAGUGUAACAAACAUUUAUUCGUGUCUUCCUUUGAUAUUUUCUAGCUUAUAAGGUAGAUAAUUUGUGGUUAAAACUUAAACAGUGAAUUCUGUUUAAUAACCUGUUAUUUCUGUAUCAAUUGUGUUUGUCUUUAACAUCAAUUACUUUGUUAUCAAAUUAUUGGGGGGGGGGGGUGAGGAGAGAGAGAAUAAUUCUAGUUGAAGGGAUCAUUUAUUACAUGGUCCUUCAUAUAUUUAGUUUUUAUGAAAUAAACGACAGAUUGUAGGAUCAGUUUAUAGAAUUCUAUUUAUCCAUCCACCCAAUGUACUAUUAUAUACUGCCUCUGUUUAGUUUGCUACAGUGUUACAUGUACAGUAUGUUAUUAUAAUACGGCCUAAUUAUAGCAAACGUUAUAAUGCUACAUUACUUUAAUGUUUGGGUUAGAAUAAACACGUCUUAUUACAGUGGGCAUGACAUUGAUGUAAUAUCACAAGUCCUUUUACUGGUGAUAAUUCGUUAAAAUUGCUUAUUCAGAAGACAAAACACUGAAUUAAUGCGAAUUGAAAAAUAUAGGCAGGCUGUGUGUACAGACUAUUUGGAGAAGAGUGUCAAUAGUUUGGCCUAAACGUUGUCAUUUUAAUUUCAAUACGCGUUUGCAGUUUUGUGAAUAAAUAAUUUAAUUUACACGUACAUUUAACGGUUUAAUCAGAAGUAGUGAGCUGAAAACGUGUAUAUUUAAAAUUGAAUAGCCGUGUAUAUGUGUGGAUAUAUAUAUUAUUGGUCUGCUUGUGUGUGCUUAUUAUUGAAGCCCAAUUCUUUCUGUUUCCAGGUAAGCCCCUUUUGUGGAGCCCUUUCAUCCAGAGACCCCUACAUAAGAGGAAAGGUGGGCAAGUUCGCUUUUCAAACGAUCAGACCAUUGAACUGGAGAAAAAGUUUGAGACGCAAAAAUAUCUCUCCCCCCCGGAGAGGAAAAGACUGGCCAAAAUGUUACAGCUAAGCGAAAGACAGGUACAAGAGGCUCACUACGGAAACCAUUGAGUGGGCUAGCAGACUGUGGCUGGAGUGGUCCAGACCUGGAAAAAGGGUGGAGGAGGAGGGGUCGGGGCAUGUGAGUGUGUGGGUCGGUCUCUCCCAUAGAUAUCAGUCUGCACAUAGUGAUUCUGUCUGACACUUUACUCUGAAACAGCUUCUGUAACCUGUGUUGUACUGGGAGUGUGUUAAUAUGAUACAAUGUAAUAAUAAUUCACACAAUGACAUUUACAAUUAAUAUACCCAUAUUCCCUUCCAUGGUUAAUGAUGUGGAAAUGUAAAUUGUAAAUGUAAAGUUAGUUAGACAAUAUAAAUGCAAACCCUCUAAUUUUGACUAAGCUAACCGAGAUAUUGAUUUGUAAGUAUAGGUUUACAUGGAUGGUUUUACCAACUGAUACCAGAUGUUUGUACAGUUAGCAAAUACUGUAUCAGCAAAGUUGUGACGAUGAUUGGGAUCAGCUUUUAGAUCCAAUAUGUCUGCAAGGCUUGAAAUAGUAUACAUGGAUAUUGUUAGAAAAUAACGAUACCAACACGUCAUUAUGUGUAAUGUACCUAUAGGAUUAAUGUAUCUAGAUUAUCUUUGUUUUGCUGUAACAUAAAGCCAUGUCUCUUAUCUUUGGUUUACAGGUCAAAACAUGGUUUCAGAACAGGAGGGCUAAAUGGAGGCGUCUCAAACAGGUAAAUAGUAAGUUCUGUAGAAAGUCAGUCUUUCUAAUUAAGUUAUCUGUUAAUGUGAUCACCUGUCCUGCUAUGUAUGCCAUAGUCAUUUAGCAGGGGGUUUAAACUCUUCACCUUGAUCAGAAAGGCAAACAGUCUAUAGGAAUCCAAUAGCAGAGAGGGCUAAGCUUAAAAAACUUCCAGAAAUCAUUAAAUAUAACAACUCACAUCAUCUCUUACAUACAACAACUCACAGUAACCAUUACUUGUAACAACUCACACCAUCUUACAUACAAUAAUUCCCAGUAACCAUACCUUGCAACAGCUCACACCAUAUCACAAUAACUCACAGUAACCAUACCUUGUAACAACUCACACCAUAUCUUACAUACAAUAACUCACAGUGACCAUACCUUGUAACAACUCACAGUAACCAUACCUUGUAAUUAUUCACACCAUCUCUUACAUACAAUAAUUCACAGUGACCAUACCUUGUAACAACUCAUACCAUCUCUUACAUACAAUAACUUACAGUAACCAUACCUUGCAAUAAUGCACACCAUCUCUUACAUACAAUAACUCACAGUGACCAUUACUUGUAAUAACUCACACCAUCUCUUACAUACAAGAACUCACAGUAACCAUACCUUGUAACAACUCAUACCAUAUCGUACAUACAAUAAUACACAGUGACCAUACCUUGUAAUCAUUCACACCAUCUCUUACAUACAAUAAUUCACAGUGACCAUACCUUGUAACAACUCACACUCUAUAAUACCCCAUAGCAACUCUAAAAUAACUCAAAAUUGAUGAACUGGAACAUCUCACAACAUUCCUUAGAUUCAAUAACAGUAGUGGCAUUGAUGUAAUAUCACACUAUUUUUUAAUUGGUGAUAACUAGUUUUGAAAGCUGGGUUUAUAGACCAGUUGGAGAAAAGUUUCAAUAGUCACUUUGAUCUAAACUUUGCAAUUUCAAUUCGCUGCAAUUAUAUCCCUUGACAUCCAUGAAAUGGGUUAAAUCCCAGCAUCCAAAUCCUGCCAAGGGACAUCAUUUGCCCAGCUUUGGUCACGAAGGGGUUAAUCUUGAUACCUGACCAGUGUAAAACAUUUUUUUUUUUGUUCAAGGAAGGAUGUUAAAUAGCUUUUUCACACUUCCCUGAUGUACAUAGGUGACGAUGUGACAGAUGUAUCACAUAGUUCUUUAUCUUGCCAAUAAAUCUCAUCACAGGGAGGGGCAACCUGGGAUUUGUCAAGCCCUGCACUGUAGGGUCAGAAACACAAACCCUGUAGCCCUCUGGUCCCCAUAAAUAUAGCAAAUAUCUACCUUGGAUCUGCCUUCUUGGCUGACAUCAGAAAUUAUUCUCUGAACCAAUAACAAUGCAUUCCCUUAGGAUUGGCUGAGAUUGUCAAAGAGGCAGAUUAGGGACAGAGCCAGAACAAGUCAAACACAGCCCUGGUCAAUCAGCAUCUCAUCUCCUCAUAGUAAUAAAUUGAAUCAAUGCAUCUCUAUGAGGAAAGUUCAGUGUCUGCAUGCAGAGCGUAGAGACACUGAAUGGCAGUGCUGCUCACUAUGCAGCACUGCCCCAUGAAGAACCUCAAGCAGCCAUUUGAGGAGUGGCCAGUGGAGGUAUUCCUAGACUGUAAUGUAAACACUGCAUUUUCUCUAAAAAGACUGUUUACAGCAAAAAGCCUGAAGGGAAUGAUUAUACUCACCAGAACAAAUACAAUAAGCUGUAGUUGUUCUGGUGACUUUUGUGCCCCUUUAAAGAAUGCUUGCAAUUUGGCCUGAAAUUGAAAAUUCCUCUGUGAAUUUCCCAUGUGGCAACUAACCCUCUAAAACGGCUAAUGCUUCAAGAUGACAGAUUCCCAAAAUACUAAUGGUGACGUCCAACUGCUGGAAAAUUGUGCGAAGCAGGUUUGCACAUUCAUUUGUGUAUUCCAGCGACUCAAUUAGCCAGUUUGAUGGCUGAAUAUGUAUUGCUAUGGGUAUGAGCCCCACCAAGUUUCCUUAGUACAUAUCACUUAUACACCCUGCAGACAUAGUUAAAAGUGUUCCUAAAGAUCUUUUAAAGCAUAUCAAAUGACUUAAUAUGACCAUUGCAGGAGAUGGACACAUGGUUAGGGAGUAUUGUCCGAUAAAUGGCUUGUAUUGGAGAGACUAGCUCACACAGAUGUUAGUGUGGUCUGCAAGUGUAGAAUUCUGGGAAGCACUUUAAAUAGAUUUGAAAGGUCAGGUUUAACAGUGUUUCUGGGGACUUCAGUGUUCUGAUCAAUAUCUGUAACCAUGACUACAGCUAUUGGUCAUUGUAGUUGUAACAUUAAUUGAAGCUAAUCUGGUGAUGGCACAUCUAACAAUUUAGAUUUUUACACACUGUUGGAAUGUUAUAUUUUAUAUAUUUUUAGGUUCUUAAGUGGAGGUGGUCACUGAUGGGUGCCUUAAAUUACACAUUAAUUCAUGCCAUUUACUAGUGUUCUCUGACCCUGAAUCAGUGUUUAGAACAAUACAUUUUAAUUGAAGAUAAAAAACAGGUUAGCCAGUCUAGCCUGCCAAUGGCUGCUCAUGACAGCAGUUUGUAUAGCCAAAGCCUUCUUUCAUUUACUUUAGUCUCUGCCACCUUUGCUGGAAGGUCCUUCCAUACAUCUACAACUCCAUAAAAGCAUGCCCCUGCCACGGUCUUAAACUGGAAUACAUGAUUUAGCCGCAAAAGACUAACAGGGUUAACCACUAAAGUGAUAAUUAUUAUUAUUUUAUUAUUUAUAUAGCGCCAUCAGAUUCCAUAGCGCUGUACAAUGGGAUCAAAGUGAAUUUCUGAUUUAAGGCUAAACUAGCAGAACUGAUAGCAUAGCUGACUUGGAGAGGUUUUUUCUGAUUUGGCUAUUGUCACCUUAAAUCUGAAUUUCACUGUGAUUUCACCUUGAAUUCUGUGUUUAUAGCAACCCUGAUGUGCUAUUCCCCAGAAUUCUAACUUUAGCGAAUAACAUUGUAAAUAUUAUUCUUAAAACAAAUUCAUUUGAGUAUAGAUAACAAUUAGAGAGGUAUUGGUAGGCAUUAUGCUUGCCUCUAUCUUUGCUUUAAAUAUUAGAUUGAUAUAAAUUCUAGGAAUGCAGAUUGAAUUUAAUUUUUUUUAGGACAAAAAGUAGUCCAAUUGUAAAAAAUAAAAAAUAAAAAGUUACCCAUCUUUUAAUUUUAGCUAAUUUAAUCCAAGAUCUAAAAAAUACAGUUUGAAUUCAUUUUCAAUUCCUGACAAUACACACUUUAGUAAAUAAAGCGAAUUAUUUCAAUCUAUUUUAAAGAAGUCACAGAAUCACGUGUAUUAUGGGGGCUUUGAGCUGUGAUUUUUUACAUAGAAAAUGUGGGGAAAUAAAAACUUCAGUUUAGCUUAGUUUUAGAUUUUUCGUUCUAAAAUGUUAUAAGAUGCCAUCAAUUUACUGUUUAGUUAAUAGACCAGCAAAGUAUAUAUUUUUUGCCAUUAAAUACACGAGUUUGUUAAGUAAAAAUUGAGUUAUGGUGGCUUGUCUAACUUGCUGAAAGUAGGCUACAAAGCCUAAUGUGACUGGAUGAGUUCUAUAUGUUUUUUCAUAAAACUACAUUUUCAAGUUAUCAACUGACCGCAAUUUUCUGAAACUGAGAAUUCGAGGGACUGGAACCCAAACAGGAUUUUCUCAUUUAUAAAAGAACACCGUUAGAGAAGUUUUAAUAAAAGGAUAAAAUGUAUCCAAUGUGUCUAGUUAUAAGUCGAAUUUUCUGGAAAGUAUACAUAUUUAAUAGAAUACUGCAGGCUGCCAUUUUUUUUUUAAAGUUUUUUUUUAUUGUCCUCUGUGCAUCAUCUUGUCACUGAGAUACAAAUUCAAGCUGUAUUCUGUUUGGAUAAAAAUCACACAGCCACUUGGAUUUAGUCGUAUUUGCUGCAGGAAAAGCCACAAUUCACCAACUCUGACACGUGUUUUCAUAUAAAACAUUUGUAUUUAGGUGGCAGAAUGAUGCACACCUUCAUGCAGUCUAGUUUAACCCCUUAAGGACCAAACUUCUGGAAUAAAAGGGAAUCAUGACAUGUCACACAUGUCAUGUGUCCUUAAGGGGUUAAAGAAGUCGAUACAUUGGUAAAUAUACUUUUGCAACAUUGUUAGAGAUCCUUGUGAAAAGAUCUGUUUAAUCUACAUAAAUAAAUGCAGGUAAAAUUUCAGUUAAAUAAUAGCCAUUCCUGUCACUACUUAAGGAAAUUAGUAAAUAGAUGAUUUAUCUAUGUGGGUGUGACGAAAAGGGAAUGAUGUUUCAACACUGAGAAACAAGGGGGUAGGUAGGUAUUGGGAUUAUUACAGAAAAGGGUAGUGUCGAGGUUUGUAACUGUGGGGGACACAGUUCAUUGAAACGUUAACUGAAAUUUAUAUUUUAGGAAACCCCCCAGGGACAUAAGAGAGAAGAGACUGAAAGUCUAGAAAAUUGCUGUGAGGAAGGACAGAAGAUGGGUACAGGCACAGACACAAAACAAGAAUCCUUAGAUGGAUCCCAGUGCUCACCGAACUCUCAAGACAAUCUGGACUCAGAUAUUUCGGAAGAUUCUGAGCAGGAGCUGGAUAUUGAAGGAGAUAAAGGUUUUCAUAAAUGUACAUACUGACCCCCCCACUCAGCUGCCUUAUCACCAUGGAAACUGGACUAAUUAAAACCCCAUAGUUCUACCAAUGGGGCUGAGAAAAUGUGAAAACGUUCUAUUGUUGUACAUUCCACUGACUACAAUGUAAAUAUUUUUUUAUAUGAUCAAAAGUGUAAGAUUUUGUAUUUAAUUAUAUUAUUAUGAUACCUGUCUAUUGUUGCCAAGUGCCUUUAAAAUGUGGGUAUGAUUAAAAAAAAAAAAAAAAAAAAUAUUUUUAGACAGUCUGUUUUGGCCAAUGACUGUACAGAGUUUUAAAUGGAUUCUAUUUUAAACUGGACAUUUGCACAGAUUUUUAACGAACGUUUUUUCCACCGAGGAUUUUUAAAUUUUAUAAUUAUUUAAAAAUUGCCAAAUAACAUGAUUUAGUUGAAAUAUCCCCCCCCCCCACCUCCACGAGAGUGAUAACACCAAAUGUAGCCUUACAUUUUAAAAUGUGUAUAUGUAGUAUACUGUAUUUUGUAUAUGUUUUUAAUGGCAUACCUGUUUAUAUGGUUUGUACAUAAAUAUUUCCUUUAAAAAAAUUAAAUAUAUUUAAUUUUGUUUUCGAU